ACUCAUUCAUUUCGUGUGUUCAAAGAAAUGUGAGCGAGAGUCAGGCUAUACGAAAUAAUUUUUUUCCUUCUGGACUUCCAUCACAACACACUAAAUUGAUUUAGUUCGCUUUUUUCAUUCGGUUAAUGUGAAAAUAACUGCUAAAAGAAGCGUAAAAAUAAUUUUCUAUCGCUUUAUCGGAGCACAUUCGUUAAAUAUCAAAGACAUUUCAAUCGGUUAAUUUUGAUAUUGUUGAAUCGCCGCACACAAGCGGACAAUUAUCGCGCACUAUUUCGUUUCGAUUGUUUUGAUUCAUUCUGUGCUGUGCAUUCAGAUGAAGUGAAGCGACAAAAACAUACACGCAUAGAGAGAGAUAGAGGUAGAAAGAAAAGAAAAGAAACGAAUGAAAAAAACACAAUAAGUUUGCAAAUGGGAAAUGCAUUUAAACUGCAAGAAUUAUAAACAUUCAAUUAUCAAUAGUCAUUUGAUAUCAUUUCAAAAAGUAUUGCUUGUUUUUCGCUCAAUUACAUGAUACAAGUCGAAAAAAUAUUCGUAAUGUCAAGUGGUUGUUUCUAAAUACGAAAAAGAAAUUCAUCGAGUGAUAAGAAUGAAUAGCUAAAAGUCCAACAUACACACAGUUUCUAAUCGAACAAGAAGUAUUUACUUAAGAAAACAAAUCGAUUUCAAUUGACUGCCGUCGUCGUCGUCGUCGUCAUCGCACCAAAUCGAGAGCAAUGAGUGCAAUUGUUUAACCAAUGAACCAAACAAAGGAGACAAUAUCAGAUAAUCGGCAGGACAGCUGAAAUAAUUUCCAAAACCAAAGGGAAAAAAAAUAAACAAAAAACGACAGAAAUUAGCUUGAUUUUCUAAUCAUUCGCGCAUUAAGUGUUUAUUCAUUGUUUCCGGACAUGUCUUUGGAAGAUCCGUUUUUUGUUGUGAAAGACGAAGUUUUCAAGGCAUUGAAUAAAACGAGAGGCUUGUACUUGCGUUGGCGGGAUUUGGGCAACGCUGGCGGUGCCGAAACCGAAUGGACCACAACCGAACUGAGAAAUUCAUUACGAAGCAUCGAAUGGGACUUGGAGGAUCUGGAAGAUACAAUUACUAUCGUUGAGAAAAACCUCAGCAAAUUUAAGAUCGACCAGAAAGAAUUGAAUAGCCGACGGUAUUUCAUCGAUGCUACUCGCGAUGAGGUCAAGUCGAUGAAGGAGAAGAUGAGCCUGAACCGAAAUCGGGACAAAGAUAUCACAGCAAAUCAACCGUUACUCGAUAAUAAUAACCAAUCAACAAUCGGAGGCAGCGCAUUCAACGAUAACUGCAACAAUUUGAUCGCAAACAACUGUAUUAAUAACAAUUUGAUUGCAAAUAAUUGUAUCAACACAAAUUCAGCAUCUAGUUUCACGACAACAAUCGUCGGUACAAUGGCAAGGCAUAGCGGAACAAAAUACUCCAAAUUGGAGAAUUCUCUGGACAGCCCGGGGCACUAUGGUACAUCAGCAUUGGACAGUCCAUCGCAUCGAUUUUUGGGUGAAAGUGUGUCCGUCCAACAGCGAAUGUUACAAGGACAAGACGAGCAGCUUGAUGUGAUUAGCGAUUCAAUUGGCACAUUGAAAACGGUCUCACGCCAAAUCAAUAUUGAACUAGACGAACAAGCUGUAAUGCUCGAUGAUUUCGGUAAUGAACUCGAGACCACGGAAUCAAAAAUGGAUUCAACAAUGAAGAAAAUGGCUAAAGUGCUAAAUCUGAAUAACGAUAAGCGUCAAUGGAUUGCCAUAGGUGUACUUUCACUCAUUUUAUUUAUUGUGAUACUUCUCUUCAUUAUUCUGUAAUUUUCUGUUGAGUCUGAUGGCUGAACGCAAUCAGAGUGCAAUGGAAAUUAAUUUUUGAGCUGAGCAGCCGCUGGUGCUGUGUUGUCCUGUGUGUUUGAAUUAGGUAUAAUUAGUGGAGCAAGAAGAAAAGAAAAAAGACACUUAUCUUUUAUAUAAUUUACAAUCGAAUCACAUGCAAAAUUGAAAUAAUUUAAUAUUCAAUUCAGUCAUUCAGUUCGAAGUUUAUCCAAUUUUAUUAGAAACAGAAUGGAAGAGAGAUCAUAUAGAAGAGUUUUUAUGUAUCCAAUCAGGAAUAGUCACCGAUUCCCUUUACGUACUUUUUAUUAUUAUUUAUUUUAGAAUUGAGAAUAUAUAUAUAUCAUCCAUCACAUUGCCGAACAUUGUGCACAUCAUCACGAUCUCUCUUGUCUUUGAUUGUCUCGGCAAAUCGUCGUUCUAAGAAAUUGUAUUUGUAUAGAUAUAUGGCACAAGCACUAUUUAUCCAUUCCAAAUAUCUAAUCUAUUCAACACAAGUGAACAAACAUUAUAUACCAACAACAACAACAACAACAACAACAAAAAACCACAAAGAUCCGAUCAGAAAUGUUAUUGUUUAGAAUUAUUUAGAUUCGAUGGCCAAAAUCCAUAUGUAUGCCGCCAUCGCAUAUUUCGAACAACACACCAGCAUAUUUAUUGCAUUGAAUUUUCGAAAUUUUGACAUUUUAACGGUUUGGAAUGAUAAGAAAUUUAUUGUGUGGUGGUGAUUGAAGUUUCCAACAAAUGAUGAAACAAAAAGACAAACGGACUAUUCAUUUUUUUUUUAAACAAUUCGUUUUGAUUUGAUUAUAUGAAAACAAAAGAAAAAUUAAAUAAACAACACAUGUGUAAUGAAA